GCAUCCACGUCUUACCAUUAGCAAUUUAAAUUAUUCCAACAACAACAACAACAACAACAACAACAUGCCCCUCCUCCGCAAUCUCAUUACCACCAUCUCCCUCAUCUCCCUCCUCCUCCUCUCCGUCCCCUUUUCCACCUCCCAAGAAGUUGAGAAUGAGGAAGAGUUUAGCUACGUUCAAGGGAGCGAAAAUGGGCCUGAGCACUGGGGCGAGAUCCACGGGGAAUGGGCCGCGUGUGGGAAGGGUCGAUCGCAGUCCCCUAUCGAUCUCCUGAACAAAAGGGUUCAACAAGUUUCUUCGCUGGGGACGCUGCGUCGUUCUUAUAGCCCUUCUAAUGCCAUCUUAAAGAACCGCGGCCAUGAUAUAAUGCUCCAAUGGGAGGAUGACGCAGGAGCGCUAUGGAUCAAUGGGACUACGUAUGAUCUCAAACAGCUGCAUUGGCACUCUCCCUCCGAGCACACCAUCAAUGGCCAGAGAUACUCCCUGGAGAUGCACAUGGUUCAUCAGAGCGCUGAUCAGAAGAUCGCCGUGGUCGGGAUUUUGUACACCACCGGCCGGCCCGAUCCGUUCCUAGCCAGGAUGGAGUCAUACAUUAAGAAGAUCGGUGACACACAUGAAGCAGAGGAAAAGUUGGGGCCCGUGGAUCCGAGAAGUAUAAAGAGGGGAAGCAGGAAGUAUUACAGAUACAUGGGCUCACUCACAACCCCACCUUGCACUGAGGGAGUGGCGUGGACCAUCGUUAAGAAGGUGCGGACGGUGUCGAAGGAGCAGGUGCAUCUGCUGAGAGAAGCUGUCCACGAUAACUUCGAGAUGAAUGCGAGACCGAUCCAGAAGAUUUAUGAUAGAAUUGUCAGCUUAUAUCGGCCUCACAAUUUCCAAAACUAGUUAAACAAAAUUUGCAGCAGGAUGUUUGUAUAGCAUAUUGAAUAUAUAUGGAUGGUAACACGACCCGUCGAUCUACUUACUAGCAUGGAUGAUAUCGAAAUUGACUUUGAUUUUGUUUACAGGCAAUUUCCUCUAUCUAUUGGUUGUAAAAGAUGUUUCUGUUUGUAUUUUUUAAGCUGUUUAUUUGUUUUGCUGCAUUUGUGCCAUAUAUCCCCGGUUGUUUUGUGUAAGAGAUUUGUCUAUAAACAUCAUCACUCUUCCGUA